GGAAAGCCGUUCUCGUGAAAAUUCGGUUUAGUUUAUUUGCUAAGCCGUCCACGUCAACAUGUAAAGGUCGAGCGGAAGCUCAGGUUACCCCCCUCCCCCGCGUUUUCAUCCCCCGGUAGUGACAAUAGUACAUGUAUAUACAUAUGCGCGUAGUGAUCGGUGCGAGAAGAACAGUGCGGGUGAAUUAACGCCCAGCAGUUACCAAGUGUCCAAGUGUAUGUAUAGUAUCGCGAGUCGUGCGCCACUCCGCGGAAGCGAAACUUUGUCAAGAAAGAAAGGAAAACGGCACGCCAAGCAUCAAAGUAUAGGAGGAAAAACAGUCAAACUCACUCAGUCAGCCCCGAGUGUAUAUAGCUGGGGCGGAGAAUAUAUUCUAUAAAUAUAAGGAACGAACGGCGCCGCGUGUGUAUAUAUAUGUGUGCAAGGUACAUACGGGCGUGUGAUGAGAAUAACAAAGUGCACAUUAGGGGCGGGCCAGGCGUGUUGGUAUAGUUGUAGGCAUGUGCGUGAGUAAGCCCGAGCGAAAUGGUGGAGCGGCACACGGGAGCUCAGACGUCGACGACCCACGAGCUGCAGUCGUUCGAUGGAUCGCGGAGCAACAAGCCCCACCGCAACAACAACAAAACCAACGGGGCUUUGGAGCCACAACAACAACAGCAACUCGACCGGCGCCACCGGCAGCGGGACGUUGGCCGCCCGGCCGGCGUAUCCCUGUUCUCCCUGUUCAGGUGGUUCGGCAGGCGGCCGGACUCGGCCGACAGCAGCACCAGCGGUAGCCAACGCAAGCGGCGCUACCUGUUCAGGCGGGUCGGCCGGCGCUCCUCCUCCACCAGCUCCUCGUCCUCCGCCGACAGUUUCUACAGCACGGCGACGGUCCGCAGCUUCGCCUUUUACAGCGGCGCGACCCACCAACACCGGGACGCCCUCCUGCUGAGCCAGUCCAAGGCUGUCGGGCCCUUCGCCCCGGGAGCCGCCAAGCUCGUCGAGAAGAAGACACGGGCGGGCCCCAACACGAGCACCCUGCCCAGUGCCUUCUCCCGGGCGUCGAGGCUCGACAUCGAGACGCGCUACUCCCUCCUCCCGAGCUCGUUCGUCUCGUACGACAGCAUACUCGAGCGCGGGGGGCCCCAAGACCGUAGCGUGACCCUCGUCCUCGAGACACCGGGCCAAGCCGGACGGGCUAGGGUACACGUGAGGGGCAAGCGACGCGCCCCGGAGCCUCCCCCCGCGGUCCGUGCACCGUCACCAGAGCCAGGUGUAAGGGUCAGACAACGCAAGCGCAGACCGGCGCCUCGGCCACCCGGUCGGGAGACCCCGUCGAGCACCCUGUCCUCGGAGGCCUCCACGGGCAUGGACCUCCGCGUCGAUCGGCAAACCAUAAGCAACGACACGCUCGUGCUGCGCAGGGGCCUCCUGCUCCCGAAGAGGAGGGACGACGAGACCGGGACGCCCGAGACGGUGGGUGUGGCGAAGCCCCUCGGCGUGGCCAUGCCCCGGCCCUGGUACAAGCGGAACGAGCACUCGCCCAGCCGGAGGGCAGCCCGCGCGUCCAGUCCCCAGCGGCUGGGGUUCUUCCACCGGCACGACGAGGCCAACGGCAAGAACAAGCGUAAGUCCGGCGUGUCCAUCCUGAUGAACAUAAGCGAGCUCGACCGGGAGGCGGCGGCGAUCGUCCGGGAGGAGCAGGCCCGCAACCGCGCCUCCAUGAUCCUCCAGGUGGCCAAGAUGGACGCGGACUUUGAGCGCCGGAUGGGCGCCAACGAGGACAUCGUCCAGGAGAUCGUCAACGCGUCGAUGAUGCAGGACAACGGCUCGCCCCGGCGCAGCGCCCGGGCCCUCAUAUCGAGGUUCAACGCCCUGGGCAGCAACAUCACCACGAGGGUCGUCGGGGCGAACGCGAGCCUCUUCAAGCCCGGCAGCGCCAAGAGACCCGACCAUCCCCCCGAGAAGUCCCUCUUCCCGAGGAGGGAGUCGGCGGCCGUAUUCGCGGAAACUAUCGCGCCGCGGCAAGUUGCCGACGACAGUAACGUCGAGCUGGCCAAGACCCUGGCUGCCGAGCUGGACGACGUGGCCUCGGGCAUCGCUCGGCUGAAACGGGAACUAGACGGUAGGCCAAGGAUGGACGACCAGGCGUGUGAAGCAACCGUAAGAGGUGGUACGGUCGCGGAGAAGGAGGAACUGGGCAAAGAAGUGACGAGGAUCUUUGGGGAGGUGGACAGGCAGCUCAAGGCAAAGGACUCGGCCGAGCAGAAGGUGCCGGAGCCAGUCAAGGGUGGCUCGAUAACGAGCCAGGUGGCCAAGGUCAUAGACAUUCUGGUGAGCGUCGAGAAGGAGGUAGCGGCCAAAAGAGCCCGGAGCCCGGUGGUCAAGGGUGGGACCAAGCGAGUGAGCGGGGUUGACGACAGGACGACGACGGAGCUCAAGAAAAUGCUGAAGGAGAUGAGGCACUCGCUGGCAAAGAGACCCGAAACAACGGACAAGCCGGAAAUGUCGCCCAUGUUCACCCCGAGGCCCCACAGUUCGACCAAGGUGUCGUCCGGGGUGCAGACGAGCGGGAACGUGCGCCGAGUCGUCGAUGGCAGAUCCACGGCUCGUGGCUCCACCGAGGAAACCCACCGGGGCGAGUACGUCGAACUCGGGCCGCCAAGGGGGGAAAACACUUACGCUAAUGUGAUGGAGCAAUCGCUCUACGCUAAUGCCCAAGUUGCCGCGCCGCGGGCUCGCGACACCGCAGCUGGUGGUAAAGUGAUAGAGCGAGGGCGUCCGAGGGCGGUGAAGAUUGAUUUACGAGGAGCGGAUAAUAAAGAAGCCACCGCCAAUCCGGGUAAUGCAGGCUCGCGGCCUUGGAAAAACGACAACGAGGAGGAUCGCGAUGGAGAAGGGGGUGGACUCGAGGAGACGGAGAAGCGGUGCACAAACACGUUGGCCGUGAACCGAUUGCUGAGGAAGCUCGAGUCGGCGAUCGCGUCGGGCCACCACCAGCAGGCGGCCAGUUUGGCCAAGGAGUUGGCUCAGCUGAAGAUACAGUGCUCGGUCGUGAGGCAGCGAUCGCGCGCCGUCAGGGACAAACUCAAUCUCAACAUGUACAUCGAGGACAAGCAGGCACACCAGGGCCCCAUACCUCUGCGGCUGCCGGUUGAAAUGACGGUCGCGCAGCUCAAGGCCAAAAUUCACAUAGAGUUUGAAAUUCCGGCUAACGUUCAGCGCUGGAUAAUCGGUAAAAAUUUGGCUGACAAUGACGAAUCGACCCUCGAGGAGUUGCAAGCUCUUGAGGGAUCACCUGUCUUUCUGUACCUCGUGGCGCCACCAGAUUUGAAGGAUAGAGGAGCGAUUAAAACGGAUAAGCAGCCACCGCCGCAGCCAAGGGAUGGAGUAGCCCUGGAGGCGACGGGGGACGAGGUGGAGAUUGUGGAGGUGGCGGGGGAGAAGGAGGCAGGGCGAGUAAUAAAUGAAAAGAAUGACGAGCAAAUUCACGAGAUAGAAGAGAAAAUUGAACACGCGCCCGUGGAGCCCGAGCUUCCAGCUGCACCAGUACCUACAGGGACUGAGGAGCCACUACCGCGAGCUAGCGAGGAGAAAAAUGUAGUGCCAGAGGGAGAAAAAUUGAAGCGAUACGAGGAGUUGAUGUCACUGGAAAAUUGCGACGUGAUAUCCAACAGCGAGCCCAUCGAGUGCCCGGUAUGUUUCAUGAUUUUCGCACCGGCCGAGGGAGUCAUUCUGCGCGACUGUCUACACUCGUUUUGCAGGAUGUGUAUUGCCAACGUCGUGCGCUACUGCGAGGAGGCCGAGGUCAAGUGUCCGUACAGAGACGCGGACUACACGUGCGAGUCGACGCUGCAGGAGCGCGAAAUCAAAGCGCUUGUGUCUGCGGAAGUGUACCAGCAGCACCUUGCCAAGUCCAUAGCUCAGGCGGAGAACAAUGCCGGGAACAACGCCUUCCACUGCAAGACCCCGGACUGCCCGGGCUGGUGCAUUUACGACGACAAUGUCAACAACUUCCUCUGUCCUGUUUGCAAAGUUAACAACUGUCUCACCUGCCAGGCCAUUCAUAUGGGUAAAAAUUGUCGGCAGUACCAAGAAGAGUUGAAAAACUCGAAAGAAGGCGACGUCGAGUCCAAGAGAACAGCGGCAAUGUUGGACGAGAUGGUCGAGCGGGGUGAAGCCCUGCCUUGUCCUACUUGUGCGGUGGUGUUGAUGAAGAAAUGGGGUUGCGACUGGCUUCGCUGUUCGAUGUGUAAAACUGAAAUCUGCUGGGUCACCAGGGGACCACGCUGGGGACCCGGAGGUAAAGGUGAUACUUCGGGAGGCUGUCGGUGCGGAGAGAACGGCGUUAAAUGUCACCCACGAUGCAAUUACUGCCACUGAAUAGUCUUAAAUCAAUUUCCUUUAGAUAAAACGUGAUUUAUCUAAUAGAGAAAACAAUGCGUAACGACUCGGAUAUUGAAAAAUACAAAAGUCAAGCGGGAAGUCUUUGGUGUGUGAAACGAUGUGGGUUGGGAAGCUGCGCAUAAGGUUGUGCAAGGAUAAUCGAGUGAGAACUAAUGUAGUGUAAUGACUGGAGAGCUGAAUUAAAAUUAAAAUCAAUACUCUUAUUUAUAUUCUUAUACAAAGGAAUCUAGUUUUGCAGUUUACGUAAAGCUCUUGUGUAAACCUAUACAACGCGCAAUAAAUUAUCAAAUAUGGUUUGAAAAAA